UGAAUCAUUUUAUUUAGUCAUGCAUUGAAAUUGUAGUUAUUGAAUUUGCCAUUUGUAUUGCUGAAGAUGUAUGUAUGCUAUUGUUAAAUUAACUUUGCUUUAACUCAACUCGCAAUAGUGAGCAUCGUAAAGCUUCAGUGAUCUUUAGAGCUCAGAGGUAAUUCAGUUCAAAGCUAACCAGGUGUCAAUCAAGGCAUGUUUAGUUGAUUAAGGCCAAGAUGGAUUACCAGGGACCUAUAGACCAACAAAAAGCUUUAGUGUAGCCAACCAGGAUGUUCCUUUAAAUUGAAGAAGUCUACACCUGUGAACUUGCAUGUUGCUGAGACUUCGAGAUCAAUGGAGCCAUUACAUGCAUGAAUGCCUCUAAGUGUUGGGUGUGUGCGACAUGUCUUAACAACUGGUGCUACUUGCUGCUCUCUGUAUAAAGGGAUUAACCAAGUGUUUGCUUGUCCUAUUUGACGAAGAUACAGGUUAGAAUGAAUUAAAGUGGAAACAGAUGGCAAACCCUGGUUUAGUUCAGCACAACUGCUCAGUGUAAAGGUGUGUUCACACUGACAGCUAUUUGCAGCAACAAUGCGAUCAGCAUGUUCCAUGGGCAGCAGCUCUAGUCUCUACAGUGCCCUGGCUAAGACUGUCAGCAGACCUGCUCUCCCUCACACUCGGGACACAUACAGUAGGGGGAACGACCUGGAUCAAGACCUGGCGGACCCUUUGGAGCUGUUGCGGGAAUGUCGAGAGGUUUUGAGAAACCGGCCUGCCCAACUGCAGAGAUCUCUCAUUCAGACGGGACAUGGAGACUCCAGGCAGACGAUCAGAGUUAUGCAGUGGAAUGUACUAGCACAAGCAUUAGGUGAAGGCAUGGACAGUUUUGUGCAGUGCCCCGUGGAUGCCCUGAACUGGGCUGAAAGGAAGUAUUUGAUCCUGGAGGAGAUCCUAACCUACAGACCUGACAUCCUAUGCCUACAGGAAGUUGAUCACUACUUUGACAUGUUUCAGCCCGUCCUGGCAAGUUUGGGCUACCAGAGCAGUUUCUGCCCCAAACCAUGGUCUCCAUGCCUGGAUGUGGAGAACAACAACGGCCCUGAUGGCUGCGCUCUGUUCUUCGAUCACAAACGCUUCCAGUCACUAAACACAACACACCUGCGAUUGUCCGCCAUGAUGUUGAAGACCAAUCAGGUGGCCAUCAUCACCGCUCUACGCUGCCGAGACACAGGUCGGGCGUUCUGCGUGGCGGUGACCCAUCUGAAGGCACGGAGCGGCUGGGAGGUCCUACGCAGCACGCAGGGAUCGGAUCUGCUGCGCAACCUGCGGAACGUUGCACAGAGAAUAGAGACCGAAGAAAAAGCGGAUACAGACGUUCCCCUGAUAGUGUGUGGCGAUUUUAAUGCCGAGCCGUCAGAAGACGUCUAUAGGAAUUUCGCAACGUCUAGUCUGGGACUGGACAGUGCGUAUAAGCAUUUGAGUACGGACGGGAAAACCGAGCCACCUUACACAACGUGGAAGAUUCGGCCCAGUGGCGAGAGCUGCCACACCCUGGAUUACGUGUGGUAUUCGCAGAGAGCGUUUGACGUUAAUGCGGUUCUGGACUUUCCUACAGCCGAACAAAUUGGACCCAAUAGGCUUCCAUCCUAUAAUUACCCUUCAGAUCACCUGUCCCUCGUCUGUGACUUCAGCUUCAAGGAUCCGGCGCCUGUUUCCCAGUAAUUACAGACUUAUUUCGCAAGAUAUCACACGAGUCAAGACUUGUGCUGGCACAGUUUUUGUACAUAUUUUGAUUGCUGUUCAUGAAUAAUUAACACUUCAGCCAGUACAUUCUUAAAGGGAUAGUUCAUACAAAAAAAAAAAAUUCAUUUCAUUUCAUUCAACGUAUGAUUUUCUUGUACUGUGGAACAUUUAAACGAGAUUUGUUUUCAUUUCCUAAGACAAUACAGCACAAUAAAAUCUUCUUAAAGCAAAAAACUUUAGUCAUUUUGUCCACUAUACGAUAGCUUUGUGUGAAAUCUUCCGAUUACAUGCAUUGUAAAGUGGUGCCAGGUUAGAAAUUGGUGACCGCAAAUGUGAUUGGUGAAAUGCAAUUUUUGAGAUUUAAGAGCUAUAAUGGGGAAAGGGGUUCAAGAAUUAACUUAACUAUCAUAUUUCCUCACACAAAGCUAUAGUAUGCCUUCAGAAGGCUUGAAUAUUACUAUUUUUUUAUGGUGCUGUAAAUUGGUGUCCACGACAACACUAGGCUGCCCACAGAUGCGCCUGCCUAAUAAUCGGCUUGAUAUACUUGGAUAUUGGCCGAUGCCGAUUAUGUUAAAAAAUGCCAAAAAUCGGCCAAUUAAUCGUCUGACCGAUUAAUCAGUCUACAGAUUAUAAAGCAAAACAA